UGAGCAUAUGGAGUUAGUGACAGGCUUUGGACGGAGAGGAAGGUCUUUCCUCUUCACUUAAACUUUAGUGCAGUACGACAAUGCGAAGGUGCCCGAGGGUUUUGCUUGAGUCCAAAGUUUGCUGCUGUUAAUGAAAACCAGAUGAGCACUGUAUGCAGAGACAGAGAGAGUAAGGUAGAGAGACAGAGAGAAAAAGAUCAACGAAAUGACAUUUAUCUUGUUACCUCCUGUAACGAGAUGGAACUGCUAUCUCUGCCAGCCUUGAAUCGCAUGGCCAUCUGUGGUGGUACCCAUGGCAACGAGAUGACUGGCGUGUACCUGGUGCAGGAGAUGGCAAGGCGGCAGAAGGAGUUAGGGGAUAAGGCGUGGCCUGUGCCAAUAGUGCUGGUGCUUUCCAACCCACGGGCUAUGAAGGAGUGCAGGAGAUACAGCGAGACAGACCUCAACCGCUGUUUCACUAGCUCCAUCCUCAGUACCCCAAUCUCAGACAGCUCCCCUUAUGAGGUGAGGAGAGCACAUGAGCUAAAUGCCCUCCUGGGCCCAAAGGAAAGCAAAGAAGCCAUCGACGUCUUAUGUGACCUCCAUAAUACCACGUCCAACAUGGGAGUAACAAUCAUCUCCUACUCUCCGAAUGAAUGGAUCAGUCUUCACAUCUACAAGUAUCUAAAGAUGAAAAUGACUUCCGUGCCGGUAAGAUUAUUCAUGGUAAAUAUCCCCAUAAAUGAGGCCUACUCCCUAGAGUCUGUGGGCAAGAAUGGAUUCUCACUGGAGGUGGGUCCACAGCCACAUGGUGUGCUCAGAGCUGACAUAUACAAUUAUAUGAAGGAGGCCAUCGAACUAGCAAUAGAAUGGGUCAGCCUUUUCAAUUCAGGUGCUGUAAUUGAGGGUGGAGAGGUGGAAACACAUAUGUUUCAUAAGAGCAUUGAUUAUCCUCGAGAUCCUGAGAGCAAUCAGAUGACAGCUGCUAUACACCCACAACUACAGGACCAAGACUUCUGCUGUCUAAAGCCAGGUGAUCCUAUGUUCUUAUCCUUCUCUGGGGAGACUGUGUGCUACGAAGAGGAAGAUUCUCUCUAUCCCUUCUUUAUAAACGAAUGUGCUUACUAUGAGAAAGGCAUUGCCUUUCACCUAGCUCGCAAGACCACCCUGAAGAUUCCCUCAGUGAAAGUGCAGAGAGAUUGAGAACAGGGGAGAAAAAACUGAUUUGCUAAAUGACUGACAAAUUUAUAGGCAAAAGCGCACACUGAAACUAAUCUUAAAGCACCUCUCACUCUACACAGUAUUAACCAGCUUGACCUUAUCAACUCAGGGGAAAUACGUGUAAUAUGUAGACUAUUUUUCUGAAUGUAUUUCAUAAAUAAAUGUUACAGAUAAUGUGACCUAA